UCCAUGGAGGUUCAAAAGCAGAACAAACGAGUUGAAGUUUGAUACCAACUUUUUAAAACAUUAUUUGUGUUUAUUGUAUUCGUUAUUUAUUUAUUUAAAUCCACCCAUAUGAACUUAAAACCUACCGUGUUUAAUCGUUUUUAUGGGAUGUGCUGGGAUAUGACCCUAAAGUUGUAAACAAUUCUUAUAAACAACGAGCCUGAGCAAAUGGCUUUCCUUCUACAAUGUGUACUUUCAGUAUAGACCAAAUUCAAUCCAAAACUCCCUAGAAACAUUUCCUUCGGUGCGUCCAUGCUGCAGAAAUGAAAUCCACCUGAAGUACACUGUGUACUUGUACUUUGCCCAGAUACGUGGCUAUGGAAAAGCAGGCAAAGCGUGGUCACAGCUGAUUAAAAUGACCAAGAAACUAACUUUAGAAAAAGUUUGCGAGAGGAAAGGUUGAGAGUAACACCUGCUGAUCCCGUUGGUUCUAGAUCACUAAUCUACUUGUAAAAUGAAGGAAGUGUGAUCUGCUUUCAGUACAGAUUGUUGGUUCUGACCUUUAUUCAGUGGGUGCUCUCUCUCUAGCUCUCCUGUGCUUGGCCAGCCAGCCAAGGCCUUGUAUGAUGAUUGAAAUGGUGAACUAACCUGCCUAUUUGGGGUUUCCUUUUUGAGCAAUUAUGAGGUUAUUCCUGUGAGAUCAGCUCAAGAAAACAUAGUUUUAUAUAUUACACUUGAGAUGCACAAAAACCCAUUUGUUUGUUCCCAAUCAUACUUCAGUCUUAGAAUAAUGUAUUUGCUCCACAGUAAAACUAAUCAUGGUUAUACUGAGCCUGGUAAUGCAGUUUGCAGGGGAACUACCUGUUUUGGUGAAGAAGACUGAAUGUAGUUUAUUCAUAAUCUAGGCCAUUUAGUUAUGUCAUGUUUUCUGUGUGAUAAGGCAUCUCCGUGUCAGUAAUACUUGUGAAACAAAGAUGGAGUGUUGUAGCCGAGAGCAGCAGAGUUUAAAUGUAGUUAAUGGAACUUGAUAUGUUGCUCUGGGUCUGAUGUCUGAGAGCCAAAGGACGUGUUUCAGAACUUGUCUAAGAUUAGGUGACGGGCGUGAACUUGGUUGUUGAGUUUUAAGAGGCGCUGAACUGACUUUCAUAUCUUAUACAUGGCUUUUAUGUAGCCAAUGCUGAUGGAGAUUUAAAACAUGAUGCCAGAUGCAAAGUAAUUUUAUUUAUUUAUUUUUAAUACCAACUUUCCAAUAAAAAAGUUAUACUCUGAUUGCUGGACAAGUAUAAAACAAGUUGUCGUUGAUUUUGAGAGGGUGGUUUGUGUUAAACUUGAUUUUUCCUGACAUUACUUUCAGCAGACCUGUGGUAGAGUUCAGUCUGGACCAUCGGGUCUGGACUCAUGUUUUGCUACAGCUGGGUCAGAGUGCAGAAAACUCAAGGUUUUCACGGGGAAAAUAGCACUGAAUCUCGGUUACCCAGCAAGGCUAGUCCCGGAUGGUGUUUAUAAAGUGAAGUUUAUUCAUUUAGAUGAAAGUUUUUGAUAGAUGAACAUUUUCAGGUUAAACUUGAUCCAACAACCUUCAAUUUUUGUAUUCAUGUGUGGAGAUAUUCUGAAAAUUUAGACUAAUACUGGUAGCAAUGGCUGCACAGUACUUUGAUAUUAGGAGUGCAUAUUGGCAAGAAUCUAGCGCGAUACCAGAGUUUCCCCCAGCACUUUUUUGCUUGGUCACCCGGCAGGCUAAGCGCUUUGUGAGAACAUGUAGAACUUGUACAAUUAGCUAGUAGUUGUAGUGUUUCCUUGAGUUUAUUCUGCCAUGGCCUCGUAAAUGGCUUGGACGCGAGAUCUUGGUGAUGUCACAACACGUGGUUCUUGAGAGUGCAAAACUAUUGACUACACGUGUCUGCAGCACAAUUAGACAUGCAUUUAUAUAGUUAAUCAGGAAAAAAAGUUGAUUUGGGGGUGACUUGCUCUUUAAGAUGUUUUUUGUUACAAGGGGGUGUGGCUUUGGCACAGCGUGCACCGGGAAUCAUUUUAGCAUGGUUUGGUGAGAACAUGUAGAUUGUGGCAGUGAAAGGAUGCAUGUGGUCAGCAACAAUUGUUCAGCCUGCUGUGUAAGCAAUCUAGUGCAAACAAAGGCUCAGGAGACUGUGUGUGGACAAGAAUUAUGCAGGAGAAAUGUACAUUAAACCUUUAUUAGACAUGAGUCCAUUCUUUGUUGAAAAACCAGGUACUAUACGUUUGGCAUCAUUGAAAAAGCAGAUAGUGAGUAUCUGCUGGUUUAAUUUUUCACUUGUUCAUAUUAUUGCAACCAUUUGUCUUUAAAUGUUGGCUCUAUUGUUAUUGGUGUUUAAAAGAUUCAUUCCCUCCAGGCUCAUUCUCUCUCCGAGGGCUCCUGGAUGUCUGGUCGUUUGUAGGAAAAGCUGUGAUAAGGAAUAUUAUUACCCAGUAAAUAGAUAUGGGCUCUUAGCAGCAGAAUUCAAAGUUCAGGUAAUGUUCAGGGUUGCAGCACAGAGUAGUGUCCUUUUACUUUCAUGUAAAGUUGCAUUUGACUAAAUGUUUACUUUUUUUGUAAGGCUAAAAUAAAUCCAGUUUCAGUGAAGUAAAAUCAGGUUUUCCCAGUCAGUCUGGGAUCCUGAUUUUAAUUUUCCCUCAUUUUCUUUGUAGAUUAUUAUAAAGGUUGUUCAUUUAUCAUCUUUUCUGAAGCGGACUACUUUAAAGCUUUUCAUCUCCUUCCAUCUGAGGUUUUCAGACCCGAUGUUGCCACAAGAAGAAACCGACAAACUGACUCCAUGAAUGAGUGAAGGGCGAGGCAGGGAAAGAGAACCGUACCAGGAAGAGGAGCCUCAUUCUCAAUCAUUCUUGUGUAACAAAUAUUGCAACAGAAAUCUGUGGCCAGUCAGUUGCCAUGUCGACCUCAUCGCUACGGCGACAAGUAAAGAACAUCGUCCACAACUAUUCAGAGGCUGAAAUCAAGGUUAGAGAGGCGACGUCCAACGACCCAUGGGGUCCCAGCAGCUCUCUUAUGUCAGAGAUUGCAGAUCUGACCUACAAUGUUGUGGCCUUCUCUGAAAUCAUGAGCAUGGUGUGGAAGCGACUUAAUGACCAUGGGAAGAACUGGAGACAUGUAUACAAAGCUAUGACUCUAAUGGAGUACCUGAUCAAGACAGGUUCAGAACGUGUUGCCCAACAGUGUCGAGAAAACAUCUACGCAGUCCAAACCCUUAAGGAUUUCCAGUACAUAGACAGAGACGGCAAAGACCAGGGUCUGAAUGUACGAGAGAAAGCCAAACAACUUGUGACCUUAUUGAAAGAUGAAGAAAAACUAAGAGAGGAGAGGAUCCACGCCCUCAAAACCAAAGAAAAAAUGGCACAAACCACUAGUGCAUCCUCAGCCCCAUCAGCCCCCAGCCUUGGUGGCAGCCUGUCCAUGGGCUCUCAUUCUUUAGGGGCAGAUCCUGAGCAGGCGUGGCCUCAGAGCUCAGGGGAGGAAGACCUUCAGCUUCAGCUGGCUUUGGCCAUGAGCAAAGAAGAGGCAGAACAGAAUAGCGCGGACCCUCUGGAGGAUGCAGAGCUUCGCUAUGCAAUCACACUCAGCAAAGAGAUUCACCAAAAGGAGGAGCGGCUUCGCAGAGGCGAUGAUCUGAGACUGCAGAUGGCCAUUGAAGAGAGCAAGAGGGAGAAACCCAAACCAGAAGAGAGUGCACUGAUGGAGCUGAGUGCUGUAGACCCCUGGGGAGCCCCUGCUACUGCCACCGUGAGCUCUGCUGGCCCUUCACCCCCACUCACGCUCGCUGGUCCCACUUCCUCUGGGCCGUGGGGCGCAGCGCCCACAGAUCCAUGGGGAGUAGCAUCACCAACAUCCCCCACGAGUUCUGACCCUUGGGGUGGGGGGGCCCCGCCCACUGUAGCCCCUCCUCCGGACCCCUGGGGGGAGUCUUCCAACAAAGUGAACAACGUGGAUCCGUGGGGAAACUCCGCUGUGACCCCCCCCAGUGCUGACCCCUGGGGCUCCCCAGUGCCACCCAGCACAUCCUCCUCAGGGGGGCCGGUAAACCCCUGGGUGGGGGAGGGGGCCCUCCCUGCCUCUGACCCCGUCUCCUCCUCCGACAUCUGGAGUGGCUCCGCCAAACAUACUAACGGCACAGGCGAUCCAGAGCGGCGAGGGUCUUCGACAACAGGCGUUGACGGCACAGGCUCACCGGUGCCCUUUGACCUUUCUUCACUUGGUUCUUCACUUCCUGUUCGUAAAACCCCCGAGUCCUUCCUCGGCCCCAACGCAGCACUUGUUGACCUCGAUUCCCUGGUGUCUUCUACGCCCAAACCCAAACAGGCGCCGCCUCCUUCCAUCUCUGCAUCUUCAACAAACAACCCCUUCCUUCAAAACACAGGUUCAUCUCCAGCUCCAGGCAUGGCUGUGACUCCAGGUAGUACGAUCUCCAGCAGAGGGGUUUCUCCAACACCUGCCUCCUCCAACCCUUUUGGCGUUGCCCCUGCCAUGACCUCAAUCUCCCCCCAGCCCUCAUCUUUAGGCCUGAGCGGCCUUCGCACCAGUCCUCUGCCUCCCAACCCCAUGCUGGGAAUGGUUCAACCAGGAAUGGGCAUGGGGCCGAUGAGCAUGGGAAUAGGGGCUCCAGGACUCGGCCUGGGCACGAUGCAGGCCAGCCCCAUGGGAAUGCCAUUUGGCGGUCUCUCCCCGAUGGGACCCCCAGCCGCUGCUCUUUUGGGGCCAGGAGUAAUGCCACCCCCUCAAAAGAUUUUGGGUGGGCCCACAGGUGCAGGAGGAGUAAUGGGAGCGGGGGGACCCAUGGGAGGUGGCGGGACAACGGGAGCAAGUACCAAUCCGUUUCUUCUUUGAGGAAGCUUCGCCACUACUUCGCUCACCAUUCUGCCUCCUCCGUCGCACACGCUGCCCCCUUUUUCAUUCAUCUGCCCCUCAGAGAAAAAUGUCUACAUCUGUAUAUAUAAAGGAAAAAAUCAAACAAACGUUUAUCUUUUCCUUUAAAAAGCAUUAUUUCAUUUCAGAAUAAUUUAGUUCCUUUAAUUUCAAAAUCCAAUAUUUUUUGGGCGUCAAGAGUAUUUAUUUACGUUUUAAUCUUCUGUUUUUGUGUCGUCGUGUUUGUUUCUGGUCACCUGUCCCGAGGUGAAGGUAAGUCCAUGAGAGCAGGUAGUUUUGUUCCCAGUAGUGCCACUCGACUCUUCGUACCGCUGCACACGAGAGAGUGGGAGGAGGAGGCCACAUAGCCACUGACAAACUGAUCAGACGGACUGUUGUUACCUGCCUCUUCCUCCUGUUUCCUCCCUCUAGAAUGAAGGCAAACACUGAAUCACUGAAAUGAAACUAGUGCAUGAAGGACGCAUUUUUAAAGGACUGAGACUGAAAAACCUGCAUCAACAUUUCAGGCACAAUUGUGAUCAAAUCGUCUCAAAGUUUUCACUUUUAAUUUAAUUUAAUGUUAAAUGUAAUUUAUUUUUUUCCAAUACUUGGGAGCAAAUAAAGCAGAACGUUCACGCUAUGAUGCCAUUUAAAUCAAAUGCUUAUUUUUCCCCUUGAUGUUGAAAACUUCAGGUGUCUGACGUUUGUGGUCAGAGGCAGAAGAAACGUGAAUGUGAAUGAGAACGCUCACUCAUGAGUAAUUGUCUCCCAUUUUAUUUUUUUAUAUACGUGUUUGAUCUCAUUUCAGCGAUUCAGGAUGGAGAAACGACAUCCAUUACUUUGAAAACGAGGUGCAGUAUUGGUUUUCACUGGAGGAAUCAAAAGGGUCGCCUCGUUUUUAUUUUUAUCCACACGUUUCAUGUUGGGUCCGUGACGUGCAGCAACACUGUCCUCGUGUUUCACCCCUCUUUGUGAAGGGAGGGCUGCUGAUGCUUCUUUAAAAAGAGACGAUUACUUCAGCGGAUGACAGGAAAAACACAGGGACAUGAUAAAAAAAACAUGCUCCAUGAUUUUAGUUUGAUGAAUUUAUUAUUUUAUAUCAAGAAAAAAUAUCUUAUCAGUUCAGGUUGAAUUUUGUGUGGUGUCAACUGUGAACAUUCACAUUUGAAAAGUAAAAUGGAGAAAAAAAUUAAAGAAAUUUAUGAAAUAAAAUAAAAAUGCAGA